UAGUUCAUAAUAAUAUUAACUGAUUACCUGAUAAAAAAUAAGUUGAUGUGAUCCGUCUGGACAAAUGCAGUUGGACCUACCUUGGCACACGAAGCCACAGGGAAAAAAUCGCCAUGCCAAUGUCGUGGCUUAACAUGUGGGAUAUCGUCAGUCGCAAGACCACAACCAACAAUGACGUACUGAUCAGCGUGGAGGGGCUCACGGUGUGGACCCCCGAGGACAAGCCCUGGUACAGAACAAAACCAACCAAGCCACAACUGACCCUUUUAAACGAUGUGACAUGCCAUAUAAGAGGAGGGGAGUUUGUGGCUGUAAUUGGUCCAAGCGGGGCGGGAAAAACCACAUUCCUCGUUUCCGUGGCGGGAAAGAGCAAACUACCUCAUUCAGGCACGGUGACCAUAAACACGGUAAAUGUCACGGACUUGCCCAAAGGCUACAUCGAGGUGGUGCCGCAGUCGGAGGCUUUCAUGGAGAGCAUCACCGUGGCCGAACAUUUGAGGUUUAUGACAGAGAUGAAGCUGGGCAGCUACAAAAAGGCGGAAAACCGCUCGGUGCUGGACGGCAUCACGCGGGAGUUCAUGCUGCACCGGCACCGCCACACCACCAUCAGCUCGCUGUCGGGCGGCGAGCGGCGGCUUCUGUCACUCGCCAGUUCUCUGCUAUCCUGCCCGCGGGUGAUAAUCUGCGACGAGCCAACAACAGGUCUGGACAGCUACAACGCGCUGCUGGUGGUGGGCGCGCUGCAGCGGCUGUCAGCUGCCGGCCAGACAGUCAUCUGUUCCAUACACCAGCCCUCGUCUGUACUGUUCAAGGAAUUCAGCUCUAUUAUGUUGAUGGCUGAGGGGAGGAUGCUGUUUCACGGUUCGCAGAACGAUUGUAAAGAGUUGUUUGAGAGCAUCAACCUCCACUGCCCCAAGAACUACAACCCUGCGGAGUUCUACAUAAAGGCUAUAUCCGUGGACCCGAGCACUUGCACCAGCCACGUGGACGAGAUAUCUGAGGCGUACAGGAACCGGUUAUCAGAUUUUGAGUCGAGUUUGGAAGCCGCCGCGCUGCCAGUGGACGUCACCUUUCAAGUGUCACAACGGAAUUGGUUUGUUCAAGUAUGGCUGCUAAUAUGGCGGUCUUCUUUAGCCCUGAAGAGGGAGCUUCUGUUACACUUGUACCAGCUUGCAGUAGCCAUGAUGAUAUCAGCCAUCAUAAUCGGCACGUGCUACGUGGGCGUGUCCGGGACGACACAGAAGGGCGUCCAGGACGUGCAAGGUUUCCUGUGGCUGCUCACCAGCGAGAUCGCCUACGGGCUCGCCUACAACGUGCUCUUCGCCUUCGAUGGCGACAUCGUGCUGUUUAGGCGUGAGGUUGGAGUGUACAGCGGCUCGGCGUUCUUCGUUGCACGGCUGUUGUGUUUUCUGCCCCGAUGCGUGAUUUGGCCGGUGGUGUUCGUGAACAUAGCGACGAUAGCCGUGGAGCUGCCGAACCACGCGCUCACCACGCUGAAGAUCAUCGGAGCCCUCAUAUACAGCGCUGUAGGGGCCACUGCGUAUGGUCUCGGCAUGGGCGCCCUAUUCUCGUCCACGAAGCUGUCCGGCGAGUACAUGUCGUGCGUGGACCUGCCACUGUUUCUGGUCUCCGGUUCCUUCCUGCGCCUGUCCUCCAUCCCGCUGUGGAUGUACAGCAUCAAGUACAUGUCGCACUUCUUCUACAGCCUCGACUUCAUCAGCAAUAUUUAUUGGAGGCAGAUUGAUGAGAUCGACUGUCCGUCGAACUCGACAACGAUGUGCAUCAAGGAUGGCGCGACGUAUCUGUGGCAGAGCGGCUACUCUUCUAACUAUCUGCUGGUGGACGGUAUAGGCCUCACCAUGGUCGUGGUCGGCUGGUCGCUCGUCGGCUUCUAUGGACUCAAGAGGGAGGAAAAGAAAGGAUACGCUUACUGAGAUUCAUUUAAUGUUUCAUACAAAAAAUAUUGUUGUACAAAAGCUAAACAUUUGAACUGUAUACUUAACGGCAGAGUUAUUUAAUAUAAAACAAUUUAUAUUAACAUUAAAAAAGAGUAAAGUAUAGUUACUUAAAAUUAAUUAAAUUGUUCCUAUUUAUAUUUAAGAAUAUGUGUGAAUUUGUCGAAACCUGCAAGGCUUUUAAUGAAGAUGACCGCGAUAAAUAACUAACAA